UGAAUGCGAGAUUCAGUGUUCUGCCAGUGCGGUUACAACUAGAAGGCCUGUCCCAACAACCAGAGCUCCUGUUGUAGACACAACUCUUUCUACUGCAUAUGUCCCAGAUAGCCGGAGGAUGUUUGCAGCCAUGAGAUGGACCCAGGCCCCUGCCUCUACAUUAUCCCCAAGUUCUACUGGGAUAUCAUAUCUCGCCGCUGCCUACCUUUCACGUACGGAGGCUGUAAAGGUGGACCCAAUCGCUUCUCCACUGAAUCUGAAUGUGAAGAAGUUUGUGGUUUUAAUAAUCCCAAUACCAAUGAAGUGGCGCCAGAUGAUGUAGACGAUUGUUCCGAGUACGUGGAGGAGUGCGCGACGAUCGCGUGCGAGAACGGCGUCCAGCGCACGCGCACCCUGGGCGGCUGUGAGCAGUGCAGCUGUGUGGAGGUGGACCAGGACUGCAGCACGUACCAGGAGGAGUGCGCGGCGCUGCACUGCGAGUACAGCGUGCAGCGGACACGCACGCCGAGCGGCUGCGAACGCUGCACCUGCGUGCAAGUAGAAGUAGACUGCGCGACGCUACAGAAAGAGUGUGACACUACCAAGUGCCAGUACGGCAUCUCCAAGUACGUCAGCGAAGACGGCUGCACCAGGUGUACCUGCUUGAAGCACCCUUGCGCUAACAAGAACUGUGCACCCGGGAAACGUGUAGCCACAAGGUACAAGGUAUCGGUGACAGAUGAGAUGCAGUACACGGCUGACUGUAGAACCGUGAACAAGCCAGGCGAAUGUCCACCCCUGAAUCUACUGCGAGCUUUAACGGAGAGAAACUGUCGACGCGAGUGCAAUGACGAUGCGGACUGUCUCGGUGUCGGAAAAUGUUGCGUGCGAGGCUGUAGUCAGCUCUGUAUGGAGCCAACUCCUGCUACAACAUCAGCACCCACAAACAUUUACAAUCCAGGUGUACCGCAAGCUCCUCAACCUAGUGAGGAAAGAGAACCGGAAGUACGCGCAAGUGAAGGAGGAGUUGCGACCCUCAGAUGUCUAUUCCACGGGAACCCUCCGCCUUUGAUCACCUGGCGACGAAACGAAAUAACGAUCAACGGUGACGUCGGAAGAUAUCGUCUGUUAUCAGAUGGAGCGUUAGAAAUAGUAUCUCUGUAUCGUAACGACUCUGGAGUCUAUAUUUGUAUCGCGAAUAACGAAUUGGGGAGUGCCACGCAGGAAGUAACGUUGCAUGUUGAUGAUCCUGUGGAAGGACCGGCUGGUGUCGCUAACAUACCCAACGAGGAGAUCUUCGGAGACCUUGGCCAACCCCUCAGAAUCCGAUGUCUCGUGUACGGUUACCCAACACCGACUAUCUACUGGUACCGGGGUCUGAACGGGCCUAUGGUGCCCUACAGCAGCUCACUGUAUGAAGCUAGAGACAACGUCUUACUAAUCAGGAAACUGAACGAAGAGACUAUCGGAGAGUAUGCUUGUCACGCAUAUAACGGAAUAGGCUCGUCGGCGAUAUGGCCUUUUGUGGUUCAAGCGAGCCGACCCGACGGAUCUGUGGAGAUACCUAAACAUGUAACCCAACUUGAAGUCCCGGUUACGACCCCACAGAUACAAACCCAGGCAUCUACCACACCAGCACCAGAAAACCAGGUUCCACUCUACGCCGUGCCCGUGACAACCCGUAUCAACGCAGAGCGAACUCAAGUGGUGGCCGGCUCGGAGAUCAGAUUAGCAUGUGACGUAGAUGGCUACCCUGAGCCGCGUGUGCAAUGGACCAAAGACAGGAUGCAGCUCACAGCCACAGACAGGAUACAAAUCACAGAGACACGUUUAACAAUAUUCCGGGCACAGUCGAAUGACAGCGGCGAGUACAGCUGCGAGGCGGCAAACGAAUACACGUCACAUUCAUCUGUCAUCAACGUCACUGUCAAAGGUAUCUACAUACCACCAACGUGUGUGGAUAGCCCGUACUUCGCGGAUUGUCACCUCAUCAUACGCAGCAAUUACUGUCGUCACAAAUAUUAUUCUAAAUUCUGCUGCAAGUCCUGCGUGGAAGCCGGACAGCUGGAAGCUGAAGAAGCGGAGCUGAUGCAGGCCGAUAUGUCAUUUAGAAGGAAGAAGUAACGAGAAAAUAACGGCUUAUUAGGGAGUUCUAACGCCAGUUAAUGUAUUAUAGAUAAAAUUUGAUAUCGAAAUUUACUUAAAUUAAAAAAAUAGAAAUAAAUUUCGUGAAAUAUGAAUUUUAAAACCGUUAUAAGCAUAAUAAUAUAUAUUAGGUUUAGAUUUUACUGUCAAAUAAAUUUGCAUGAAAACAAAUUUUAUUAUUUUAAGUAGGUAAUGAUAUUUUAAUAAAUUUAAAGAUUUCGAAAUAUCCAGAAUGUAAAAUGAAACAAAAGUGCCUUAAUAAUCUAAAAAGUGUGUACAAAUUAAUUAUUAUAAGAAAUUUGUAACAUAACAUAAAUGUAAUACAAACUCUUACGGUGUUAUUACAAACAAAAAUUUAAACAUGGCUUAGACACGUGUUUUGUUAAACAGUGUCUAACUAUUUAAACGACGUCUAAAGACACUAAACCACAUAAAGACACGGAUUCGUAAUAGGGCUUUUUUAUACGCUUUAUAUUAGCUUCACCUGUAUGUUUGUAUGUUUGUAACCGACUUCUUUGGGCGCGAUUUUGACCCACUUUAAACGGCUAGAUUCAAACUUUGUAGAUUUAUCGAGCACCGAUGACAUUACACUAAUUUGAUAAAAUUAUACUAAAAAAGGAAAAACAAAUAAUAGUUAAAAAAAACUAAAAAGCACGCUUUAUAUAAAAUUCAACUAAAAAAUAGAAAAUAAAUUUAAAUUGAAAAUAGUGUAAAAAACUAUAUAUGAAGUGUAGAAGAAUUAUUAUUUUAAUAAUAUCUUAAAAAGCACCCCACGCUUUUUUUACAAUAAAAUAUAUUUUUUUUACACUAUUUUCAAUUUAAAUUUGUUUUCUACUUUUUAGUUGAAUUUAAUAUAAAGUGUGCUUUUUAGUUUUUUUUAACUAUUAUUUAUUAAUACAAGUGUUUUGUAAUAACACCGUUAAUAUUUAUACAAGAUAGUAUUUAAAUUUUAUAUAUAGAAUAUUUACUAUACUAUUGUGAUCUCUCAUACUCACUCGCAAUAAGUUUACAAGAAUCUCUUUUUAUAUAAUCAAAUCUCAACUUUUUCUAACCUAAGAUUAAACGAAAUAUUAUACGAAAGAUAGUAAAAAUAUUAAGUUAAUUAAGUUUUCGAGAUACUUCACUAACGCCCUAUUCCUGAAACAACUUCAUUCCAGUUUUUAUAAUUAAUAACAACUUCCAAUGAAUGCAUUUAUAAACACAAUAAUUAUCUGAGCGAUCCAAAUAAAUAUAUAAAAGAGAAAUGAACUUAUCACUAACGUGCUAUUUUCUAAAUAAUUAAAUCGACUGUCACCAAACUGGAAUGGAAUCACUGGCCAGUAGUGAUUUUAUGGGUGGCCUAAAAAUUUUAUCAAAAUCGCUGAGUAUAUAUAUCUUAUAUUUGACUGUUCUAAUUGCACGCCUCGGCGAGUUUGUGGUUUAUAACCGACCUGUCGAGCUCACACGAUUUCCACACUUUAAAUUGCAUAUUUUUUUUCUAUUACUCUUACACAUUAUAAAAAGCACAUCAAUAUAAAGCUGAGACACAAAUGAAUAAUCCUGAUACUUUUUUUAAGUUGUCGAAUACGUACAUUAAAAAAAAUUAUCGUGGAAGUCCAGUAGUGUGUGGUUCAAAAAAACGGCGUGGUACGGAUAUCUCGAAAAGACUUAUACUAUUUUCACUAUUUUCACAAUUAAGCAGAGAAGGUUCCUUUCGAAAAUCAUUACUGUAAGCCUUCUCGUUUUUUUUUUAAACGCAGAUGAUUAAAUUUUAUUCGAAAUUUAACUUAAAAAAAAUAAAGCAUGAGCGUUCGAGGCGUGCACUUUUAGAUUUUCCAAUUUUUUAUUUUAUAUAUGUUUAUAGGACGGUUUAUAAGUUUCUUGUGACCCCUCUGAUGUUAUAAGAGUAAAGAUCGCGGUGGUAACAUACCAAUUACUCUCCAGUGACCCGUAUGCUCUCUUCUUCCAUAAAAAAAAUAUAUUAUAUCUUAGUAUGGGUACUGUAACAAAUCAAUUCCGGGGAAAAUAACGCACCAGCUACAUAAACAGAUACCACUAACAAAACAACGAAAACUAAUCGCAGAUAGAAACAAUACCUAUUUAAAUAUAUCGUGUCCAAGAAUAUGUAAAUAAAAAUGUGAAAUAGCUCUUCACACAACUAAUAACACUUUUAUUUCUUGCUUUUCCUCUCAAUGGUAUUUUCUUAUUAUUUAACAGCCAAGGAUAUGUAACAACUAAUUUCGACAUGGCCGAAGAUAUUGAAAGUACCUGUGUGUUUAUUUUAGAUACAUAUUUAAAUAUAUAUAUAUCGUACUUCCAUAUAGCUUCUUCUUUGUGAUGUAAGUCUCCGCUUUCUAUUUAUUUGGAUCGUAUAUUAUUAUAGUAAUUAUCAAACAGCAUUACCAAUAGAUUUAGGAACUAAAUCAUGUAGUUAAGUUAAUUAUUAUUAUUAUGUAAAUAAGCAACAACACGCAAACUAGACAUAUUGUAAAAGGUUUUACCGUCAGACUUUUAAAGAAGAGAAAAUAUUUCUUCAUAAUCGCAUUAUCUAAACAUCAUCAUCAUAGUAAUGAAUAACGGCAGAUCAGUGGCUUAUUUUUAGUUGGAAUGUAUUUAAGACUUAUUCAAUUUCUGUGUCAAAUCCUUGUUAGCCUAGGGCAGCAAAGCGGUUGCGAUUUCCGACGAAGUAGAAAGAGAGAGCAUUAGGGACUCGAGUAGUGAAAUCGCACGAGUGAUACGAAUAUGAAGUCUUUUUGACUCUCGCACAAUAAAUCUAAGGCUAGCUGACUCUUAAUUGGUAGAUAAUAUAGAGAGUGGUGCCAUAAUGGCGACAUUAAAUGAACACAAUGUGAGCUAUCUAACCUUAAUCGUAAAAAAAAAAAUCCUAAAAUAUGAAGUAUAUAAUUGAAAUUUUCAAAUAAACCAAUUAUAUAUUGACCUUGAUCCUGCAGACACUCUGUCCAAACAGUUUUUCGGGACUAUGUUAGUUUAAGAUUCUAUCUGCAAAUAAAUAAUACUACUUAUAAAUUUAGUAAACAAAAUUUUAUCACACUUGCGUGGUCGCGUAAGACUGCUCGAAGUAGGUGUCAGUGGCUAGGAUAGCACGCGGAUACUAGAUUUCUUACAGGUUGUUCCGAAUUGAUAUGGCAUAUUUAUUUAUUUAGGUGAAUUAUGUAUUUGUUUUUGAAUAUUUUUUUAAUGAUUACGGUUAAUUAGUUCUUCCCGUGUGCUUAUUUAAUGUCUCAAUUAUAGCGCUACGCUAUAUAAACUGUAACUGGCCAGUAUCUUACGGCCAUUCCCAAUAUACUAUCUACAGAUAGAGAUAAAUUACUACCUUCUACUCGGCCGUUAGUCUUCUCCACCCUCAAAGCCAAUAAUUUACGGCCGUUCCCAAUAUUCAGUCUAUCUCUUACUUGAGAUAAAAAUCGUAACUACCGUUGACUUUCUGUCCCAAUAAACUUAUCGACGGUAACUCACCUUAUCCGUACACGCUGUCUGUCAAUGGGAGGACAUAUAGCUUACCAACGAUAGAAGUUUUAAUGGAAAUUUCAAUUCAUGCGUCCCAAUAUAAGGCGAUAAGAAUGACUUAUCAGGUAUAUUGGGACAGCUUCAUAUUAUUGACAGCUAAUUACUGAGAGUAGAAGGUAGUAUUUUAUCUCGAUCUGUAGAUAGUAUAUUGGGAACGGCCGUAUGUGAUAGAUUUUCAUACAUCCUUUAUGCCCGCAUUUACGUAAUAAAUGUCGAACUUUCGGCCCAUUUGUCACAUCACAACCAAUACACAUUUCGAGAAGGUAUAGUAGAAAUAUUUUUUCAUCAAUCACGUACCUGCCUUCAGUUGAAUUGCUAGAUUGUCAUUACUUUCAUGUUCGUGUAAGCUGGCAGUGACAAAAGUUUACGAAGGUAGACAGUAGAUAAAUAUUAUUGUGCAAUACAGAAUAAAUAUGGAUACCACGACAAUUCCAUACGAUUUAUGUAGUUAUUUGUGUUACAAGGGGGCAACGUGAUAUACUCCUCGAGAGCCUUAUUUCGAAUUCAGAACCUAGCGAGAAUGCAAUAUACGCCACUCGAUACCAAAAUAUUUUGGCCAAGAAUGACACUACUUUUCAUCACUACUCGAAGUUCGUGCGUUACUUUAUAGUGAAAGUUUUAAUAAUCACAAAUAAAUCAAGAACGCAAACCAAUCAGAAAAGAGAAAGCUUAAACUCAUAUUAGAACAAAAUUGUAGUUUGUUCCCGCUAUCCUGUAAGGCCAAUUUUCUUAAUUCGACUAUCCAAAUACCUACGCAUGUUGAAAAGUAAUUUAUUUCAUUAGGAAUGCAUAUUAUUAUAUUUAUCUUAGUCAUAAUAUUGUAUGUCGUAAUAAAUUGUGUAUGUAUAGUACUCUUCAAAGUAAAAAUGUAAAUAUUACAAAUACACCUAAUAUUUGAAAUAAACUUUACAAUAAAUAA